UAAAGAAUCACUCUAAUUUGUUUCCUCUAUUUCACUCUCUCUCUCUCUCUAGAAAAUAAAAAUUUAAUGCUAUAACCCCUUAAAAUCCCCAAUUCAUAAACCCAAAUUCUCCACAUUCCUUUUCAAAUCUCUCUCUUAAUGGAAACAAAUGCAACCCACAAAACUCCUAAACCCUAAAACCGCCACCAAGGCGGCUGCUGCGGCAGCGGUUACCACCACCAUGCCAAAUGAACUGCUGCCACAGAAACCAUCAGCAUCGUCAGUUCUUGACAAGUUCCGGUCUUUAUUGAAGCAACGACAAGGAUCAGCGGUGGAGGACGAUGGUGGUGGUGACGGGGCGAGUUUGAGUAUGGAGGAUGUGGUGGAGAUUUAUGAGACGGUUUUGAAUGAAUUGACGUUUAAUUCAAAACCUAUAAUUACUGAUUUGACUAUUAUUGCUGGAGAGCAGCGGGAGCAUGGUGAGGGCAUUGCUGAUGUUCUCUGUGCCCGCAUUGUUGAGGCCCCCGUAGAUCAAAAGCUGCCUUCAUUAUAUCUUCUAGAUAGCAUUGUCAAGAAUAUUGGCCGGGAAUACAUUAGGCACUUCUCGUCCCGUUUGCCGGAGGUUUUUUGUGAGGCAUACAGACAAGUUGACCCUAGCUUAUAUCCUUCAAUGCGCCACCUUUUUGGCACAUGGUCCUCAGUGUUUCCUUCUUCUGUACUUCACAAGAUUGAGACUCAACUUGAUUUUUCUCCACAAGUUAAUAAUCAGUCAUCAAGCUUGACUUCCUUUAGAGCUUCGGAAUCACCCAGACCACCUCAUGGCAUACAUGUGAACCCAAAAUACUUGCGUCAGCUGGAUCAUUCAACUGCAGAUAAUACAGGUUGGUCAAUACUAACAUCCAAAGCUAAAAAUGUAAUUCAAUCUUUGCAGAAUGUUCAGCACACUAAGGGAACUUCGAAUCUGAAAAUAUAUGGUAAAAAACCUGCUGUUGGAUAUGAUGAAUAUGAAAGUGAUCAAGCAGAGGCCAUAUCUUCACAGGUUGGAAUGGGUCGUACAUCACUCAUUCUUGGAUCUAAUAAGCUGCAACCAUCUUCAACUUCCAGGCUUGCAAGACGCUUGUUGCCUUUAACAACUGGAGCUGAGAGGCCUUUAUCUUCAGAAAUUGAUGACUUGGCAGUAGGGAAUUCUCCUCGAAGGUUUGUUGAGGGGCUAUCCCCAUCUCGUCCUCUAUUUGAUUAUGGACACAGCAGAACCAUUGUUAGAGAUGAGGAGGCAAAUGAAUUAAGAAGAAAUAACUACUCUGAUGAUAACCAUAACCGAUUUGAACCUUCUGCUAGAUAUAGGCUUAGCAAUGGACUUGAACAUCAAGGACCCAGAGCUUUAAUAGAUGCAUAUGGGGAUGAUAGGGGGAAAAGAAUUACAAGUAGUAAACCUCUUCAUAUUGAACAGUUAGCUGUAAAUGGCAUGCACAAUAAGGUAGCUUCAAGAUCAUGGCAGAAUACUGAAGAAGAGGAAUUUGAUUGGGAAGAUAUGAGCCCUACUUUGUCAGAGCAUGGUAGGACUAAUGAUUUCUUGCCGUCGUCUAUUCCACCUUUUGGAAGUGUUGUUCCAAGGCCUGCCUUUGGAAGGCUAAGUGCUAUCCAUGCAGAAUCUGAUAUCAGGAGCAAUCGAUCUAGUCUGGCUCCAAUGGCAUCUGUGGAUGGCUCCUCUAAUAUUGCUGAAGAAGCAGUCUCAAUUCUGGGUUCUGGUCGUGGAUCAACAAGCAAGAUUCCUGGAUUCCGAACUGAGAGAAAUCAGAUCUUGGGUUCCCGUCAUCAUCAAGAAGCCUGGAAUUUUCCGCCUCACAUCCAUCAGUCAGCACAUCUCCUGAAUUCUAAAGGAAGAGGACGGGAUUUCCAGAUGCCCUUAUCUGGAAGUGGUGUGUCUUCUUUGGGUGGUGAGAAUUACUCUCCACUUGCUGAAAAACUUCCAGAUAUUGAUGCACAGCUUAAUAGGUCUCCUGCCAUUGCAUCAAGAUGGGGCUCUAAUAUUGACUCUACUAGUUCAGGGACCUGGUCAAGUGUUGUGCCACCAUCAUCAGGGGUCUGGCCUCCAGUAAAUGCACGAAAGUCUCUGCCACCUCCUGUGCAUCGAAUUUUUCCUCCACCAGAGCAGAGUAGAAGCCAGUUUGAUCCAAUAAAUGCCAGCAGCACUGUAAUAAAUCAGGUUUUACAGAAGGGUUCAGCUAUGCCCGAACAACCAUUUAAUGGUUUUGAGAACAAAGAUUACAAUUCGAUGAAGCCAACACCAAUGUCUAAUCAGCAUGCUGCUUUGAAUCAGCAAAACCAGGCACAUGUAAAUCCUUUUCAGCCACAACAACUUCCAUCUCAUGAAACCCGAGAGAAUUUUCAUCCAUCUGGGGUAACUUCAAUGCCACCUCGUCCCCUGGGACAACCACUGAAUCAUGGAUACAACACUCACGGGCAUAGCACAGCCAUUAGUAUGGUUCCUUCAAAUGCAUUACCUGCUGUACAGCUGCCUUUACCAGUCAACAAUAUUCCAAAUAUGUUGCAUUCACAGGUUGGGCUUCGGCCACCUUUGCCACCUGGUCCUCCUCCCCAAACGAUGCCUUUCUCUCAGAAUGUUAGUUCAAGUGUCCCCGGCCAACCAUCUGGCAGUGCAUUUUCGGGUUUGUUUAACUCUCUCAUGGCACAAGGUUUGAUCUCAUUGACAAAACAAUCUCCUGUGCAGGAUUCUGUGGGACUUGAGUUCAAUGCUGACCUUCUCAAGCUGCGCUAUGAAUCUGCAAUCAGUGCAUUGUAUGGUGAUCUGCCAAGACAAUGCACAACAUGUGGCCUUCGGUUCAAGUGUCAAGAAGAACACAGUACUCACAUGGAUUGGCAUGUUACUAAAAACCGGAUGUCUAAGAACCGGAAGCAGAAAUCUUCUCGCAACUGGUUUGUAAGUGCAAGUAUGUGGCUCAGUGGUGCAGAGGCAUUGGGAACUGAUGCAGCUCCUGGUUUUUUGCCCACUGAGACCACUGUGGAGAAGAAGGAUGAUCAUGGAAUGGCUGUUCCUGCUGAUGAAGAGCAGAGUACAUGUGCAUUAUGUGGAGAGCCUUUUGAUGACUUCUACAGUGAUGAAACUGAGGAAUGGAUGUAUAGAGGAGCUGUCUACCUGAAUUCAUCUAACGGAUCAACAGCAGGCAUGGAUAGAUCUCAGUUAGGUCCUAUAGUACAUGCUAAAUGCAGAUCCGAUUCUAGCGUGGUUCCCCCUGAAGAUUUUGGACAUGAUGAAGGGCUGCAGGUAAAUUCUGAAGAGGGUAAUCAAAGAAAACGAAUGCGGAGUUAACCUUUAUUAGAUCGACUUCCAAAUCUCAUGUAACUUUGAGUUUCAUCAUGUUAGUGGUAUGCGCUUACUUGUUUUUAUAGUUGUGUUGGAGCUUGCAAUGCAUUGGCUCUUAGCCCAAAUCAUGUAAAUAUUACUUGGGCUUGUACCAUGCAUAAUAUCUUUGAAAAAAAGAUUAAAAAUUAUGUCUUUCUAACAUCCAGAAAGAUACCAUCUUUUUAAUAUGCUAAAAAGAAAUAUUUUUAUUAGAUUUGCUGCUGGGUGCUUAUAAUGCUGAAAAGAAUGUGAAGUGGAAUGGACGAAUGGUAGCCUUCUAUUCCGAGGACACCCAGUAGAAUCUACUGUAAUUAUUAGACUGCUGGGUUGUCUACUCUUUGCAGAUUGUUUUGAUUUUCUGCAGGGACUGCAAACAUCUCCAGUUACUCACAUUCAGUUUAUUAUUCUCUUCAAGGCUGCCAAGUCGCAUAAUAAGCUUAGUUCCUCCCAAAUUGAUGGAUUGGUGGCAGCAAAAGCACUCUUUGCCUUUUCCUGGUGUUGAUUAUCUGUAUUUGUUGAAUUACAUCAUUUCUAUUUGAAGUUGAGUACUCAUGCUACUAUCUUAAAAUAUCCUUUCUGGAUGGUUUUUCUGGAAUGAUGCCAUAAGGAAUUUGCUUGAUAGCUGAUUUUAUGCGUUAUUCACUAGUUUGGGAUGGAUCUUUUCAGAUCACCUCUGGACUCUGCUUAUCAACUUCAAUUCUUUCUGUGGUAGGAUUUUUA